AUGAACAUGGCUAAUGAAGAGACAACCAAAAAGCCGAAGAAGAGAAGUCUCAUGAGCUUCUACAAAUUCUCCACCAACACUUCAAAGCAGUCACUCACAAACCUUAAAUCCAAACCAACCAAAAUCCCGAUCCCACCAUCAAUACCUCAAGAAGAUGUUGCAAAACCAAUCGUCCAACCGAAUAAAACAGCACAAAACCAUCUGACGAGAGACAUCUUCGAGUUAAAGAUCACUAGUGGUAAUGAAAGAAAGAAAGGAGGCGGUGGUGGUGGUGGUGGUGCGGCGGAGGAAGGAAGGAAAUCGGUGUCUCACGUGGAGAGAGAUACGACGGCUAGGAUAGCGGCGGCGGCGGAGAUGUUAACGGUGAGGAUAUUAGCUGCGGACAUGCCGGGGUUUAUGCAGGCACAUGCGUUUAGGUGUGCGAGAACGACUUUAGAUAGUUUGGAGAAGUUCAGUUCGAAGCACAUGGCUUUCAAUCUCAAGAAGGAAUUUGACAAAGGGUAUGGACCAGCAUGGCAUUGCAUAGUGGGGUCAAGUUUCGGGUCGUUCGUGACACAUUCCACAGGUUGUUUUAUUUACUUCUCAAUGGACAAACUCUACGUUCUCCUCUUCAGAACCAAAGUCCGUCCUGCUUCUCCCCAUUGA